AUGCUUCCAACCAUGUCAGCAUCGCACCAUCUUCAGUCCACUGCCGGAGGAUCGCGCCUUUCGCGCUCGUCCGCCGCUGCUACAGGAUGCUCCGCACCACCCGCCGGAUCACCCGCUGUACCACCCGCCGCAUCAUCCGCCGCGCCGACCGCUGGUGACUUUGGCGGAGUGGGAGCGGUCCCGGCUGUCGCCGCCACCGCACCUUCCGCCGAUGCCUGCAGUCCGCGCGAACGCUCGUUUUCUCCCCGCGGCAAGCGCGCCGCCGAGUGCCGCCGCGCUCCACGGCACAGACACUCGCGCUCUUUUUCCGGAGACUUCCCCACUUUUCAUGCCAUUGCGCCAAGGUCCCCCGCCCAUUCCGCCAUUCCCGCCUCCAACAGCCCUCUUAGCAGAAGGCCCCGCGAGGACCCCGUGGAAACCGCCGCUUAUCCCGGCGACGGGACGUGUUCUCCUGCUUCCCCCGCCCCCGGCGGAGAUUUUUCCUCCCGGAGCGGAGGCACAGCGAACGGCGCACGGCUUUCUGCGCAGCGAUGGUCGCUGCCGCCGGGAACGAGCGUCGACGGCGGGGUUGGUAUGGGGGAUUGUCCCCUCACGGGUGGAUUAAGCGGCAGCGGUCUUGGGAGCAGCGGUGCUGACGUGACUCAUUCCCGUGAUUCGCAUCAACUUGAUGCAAAUACCCAAGCUCAUCAACGACCGGAAGAACUCGUUCCGCUUCAACGCGUUACGUCUAUAACGGUCAUAGCUAGAGCGGUGUCGCCCCUCGUAGGUGCUCCGGUCUCGCUUCUCCCUGCCCCUGCUGCUGCUGCUACUACUGCUGGAGAAGAUGCUAUAGGCGGUGUUGAGGGCUGCGCGGCGAAUUUUGCCGCUGCCGCGUCUCCUCCCGCGUCUCCCUCGUUACCAGUUUCUCCCGUCGACGACAGGCCUGCCGCUGCCUUCCUCGAAACUUCAUGCAACCCGGCCGAAUCGCUAACUGAUGCCACGUCAGCAGCAGCUGAACCCAUGCAUUCUACCUCAGGUGCUGCCAAAGCUACCGUGGUCAGCAGGGCCAUCGCCACCGCGCGGUUCGCCACGUCAACAUCGACAGGCAGCAGCAGCGGCAGCCACGUGUCAAACAGCACGUGGACCACCGCCGUGACUAAUCUGAGUCACGAGUCGUCGAGCAGCGAGAGGGCGAGCAGCAGACUCAGCAGCGGGCUUGACGGCGGGGUUGACGGCGCUUUUGACGCCGGAAAUGGGGGUGAAUUUGUUCAGGGAUGUAACAGCGGGUUUGGCGGUGACACAUGGACGGGUGCCGAGUUGUCGUCAGCCGAGUCGUCUCCCCGCCUCUCUCCCUCGAGCCCGGGAUUUUUCUCGCCAUCCCGCCGGAGUUUCAGUCAUCAGCAAGAUCCGUUUCAGCACAAUUCGUUACAAGGCUUGUUGCUCGACGCUGGGGAUGAUGAGCACCUCCUGCACUGCUUUCCUGCCUCUCUAACACUCUUUCCUUGUCUUUUCCCUCAAUGUCCUUGUGUAACCGCUCAGCCUGCUCGUCCGUCCCUCCUCCCUUCCACAACCGUUGCAGCACUUCGCAGGGGUGACGACGGAACUGCUGCUGCUACCCCCCUUGCGGCUGGUGAAUGGAGACUCUUCACUCGCUGUCCUGGCGGAAACCUGGUGCGAAGAGGGGAACGAGAAGGGCUCUGCGGAUUGGACAGCGCAGGUGCUGUGGCGCGGAGGGGAAGCGCUGUGGCGCGGAGGGGAGGCGGUGUGGCGCGGAGGGGAGGCGCUGUGGCGCGGAGGGGAGGCGCUGUGGCGCGGACGGGGGGAGAAGGGCUUGGGGGGGUUCUCAAUGUCAUGGUGCGCGCACACGCUGCUGUCGUGGCGACGCGGAGGGGAGAAGAACGACGGGCUGCUUCUCCCCUUGCGCGAUGA